CUGUCGCUGGCGUGUGUCGUAUUUCCUACCGGAAACGCAGGGAUAUGUCGUCGCAGGAUCGGGGUCAGCGCGCAGGCCCGGAAUUGUUGUUGCAUUGAUCGCCCGACGGGUAUUUUUCACCGAGCACCAUUUUCUGGAGAUAUCUGGUUGAGUAAGAUUCAAGGAUUGUGGCCAGCAAGCUUUUUUUUUCCUGAGUGACUGUACUGAAGAAACGUGAAGAAUGGCUGCCGACAAAGCAGGGGAGCCAGGGUGUGAAAAGAAUGAAGCCUCUGCUAAUUGCUCUGCCAUUUCUGACCAGGAAAAGGAGUUGUCUAAGUGCGCUUUUCAAGCAUUCACGGCUGGAAAUUACGAAGCAUGCCUACAACAUCUCGGGGAACUAAAAGAAAUCAACAAAGAUGAUUACAAGAUCAUUCUUAAUAUUGCAAUCGCAGAGUUUUUCAAAAGUGACCUGAGCACGACGGACAGUUUGAGGCAAACGCUUAACCAAUUGCGGAAUGAAGUCCAUUCAGCUGUUGAUGAAAUAGACAGCUUAGAUGAUGUGGAAAACAGCAUGCUUUACUAUAAUCAAGCUGUCAUAUUAUAUUACCUGCGUCAGCACAUGGAAGCCAUUAAUAUUGGAGAGAAACUGUACCAAUUUAUUGAACCAUUCGGUAGGCGUAUUUGUCUGAAAACACCUAGACCGUCGCCCCAAAGCACUAAAGGAUCGUAUACACCAAACAGACGAGAAGAGAAGUUUGCACACGCAGUAUGCUUUUUGCUUAUAGAUUUAUAUCUCCUUACAUACCAAACGGAAAAGGCCUUGCAUUUGCUGGUGGUCUUGGAAAAAAUGAUAUUGCAGGGCAACAAUAACAAAAAUGGGAAACACGAGACCAACAAUAACACUAACAGCAAAGAAACGACUACUCAAAAAGCUGAAGGAGGAGCCCACAUAGAAGCAGCCAAGUCCAGGAUCCAUCAGUAUAAAGUAAGAGCCUACAUUCAAAUGAAAUCUCUGAAGGCAUGUAAAAGAGAAAUAAAGUCUGUGAUGAACACUUCUGGAAAUUCAACCCCGUCACUAUUUCUAAAGAGCAAUUUUGAAUACCUCAGAGGAAACUAUCGAAAAGCAGUAAAACUACUAAACUCUUCCAAUAUUGCCGAACACCCAGGAUUCAUGAAAACAGGUGAAUGCGCCAGGUGUAUGUUCUGGAAUAAUCUUGGUUGCAUUCAUUUUGCAAUGGGGAAGCAUAAUUUAGGACUCUUCUACUUCAAAAAAGCCCUCCAGGAAAAUGAUAACGCUUGUGCACAGUUAGCAGCAACGACUACAGAUCCAGGGAAGAAAUUUUCCGGCAGACCAAUGUGUACCCUACUGACCAACAAACGAUAUGAAUUGCUAUAUAAUUGUGGGAUUCAGCUUCUGCAUAUUGGAAGACCUCUAGCAGCGUUUGAGUGUUUAAUAGAAGCUGUCCAGGUCUAUCACUCCAACCCCCGCCUCUGGCUGCGAUUAGCCGAAUGCUGCAUAGCUGCCAACAAGGGGACCUCUGAGCAAGAAUCAAAAGGUUUACCAAGCAAGAAAGGAAUAGUACAGUCCAUUGUAGGACAAGGUUAUCAUCGCAAAAUUGUCCUUGCAUCCCAGUCCAUUCAAAAUCUACUUUACAAUGAUGGGGAGUCGUCGGCUAUUCCUGUGGCUAGUAUGGAGUUCGCAGCCAUUUGCCUCCGGAAUGCAUUGCUGCUUUUGCCUGAAGACCAGCAAGAGCCAAAGCAGGAAAAUGGUUCAAAAGCCAACAAUCAAACAGGCAAUGCAGAUUCCAGCGGGGAGAGUGAAACAUGCAGCAGUAAAAUCCACGAAGGGGAUAAAUUUAUCGCGGCUCCACCUUCAUCUCCUCUGAGGAGACAAGAGCUUGAAAACCUCAGGUGUUCUGUCCUCGCCUGCAGUGCCUACGUUGCUCUGGCUUUAGGCGAUAACCUCAUGGCUUUGAGCCACGCAGAUAAGCUUCUUCAGCAACCUCGAUUGUCGGGAUCCCUAAAGUUCCUGGGUCACUUGUAUGCUGCUGAAGCUCUGAUCUCCCUGGACAGGAUCUCUGAUGCCAUCACCCACUUGAACCCUGAAAAUGUCACAGAUGUGUCCCUUGGGGUUUCCGUAAAUGAACAGGAGCAAGGGUCUGAUAAGGGAGAAAAUGAACCAAUGGAAUCUGUGGGAAAGCAGAUGCCACAAAGUUACCCAAGUUCUGUCACUAUUGCACGAACAAUGAUGCUGUUUAAUCUCGGAAGCGCCUACUGCUUGCGCAGUGAAUAUGACAAAGCGCGAAAGUGCCUUCAUCAGGCUGCAUCCAUGAUCCAUCCUAAAGAAGUUCCUCCAGAGGCAAUUCUACUGGCAGUGUACCUCGAGCUUCAAAAUGGAAACACCCAGCUGGCCCUGCAGAUCAUCAAAAGAAACCAGCUUCUGCCGUCCAUCAAAAUGAUGUCUGAUCUCCGAAAGAAACCAUUAUUCCAGCCCAUCCAUCAGCCCAUGCAGCCAAUUCAGAUGCCAGCUUUCACCGCCGUUCAGAGAAAAUGAUGUAUGCUUUGUCUUAGGACUGUCGGAUGAAGAGCCACAAAAUCCGUCAAAUUACAAAUCAAUAAAUAGCAUACCGGACUUUCUACGCAUACAGAGAGGUUUUUAUUUUGUUUUUCCUUAUAUUUGUUCAAAAGGGGGACUUUGUGUUCCUUGAAGGAAUUAAAACCUUAUCACUGAGCCACACUUUUCCCCAAUGCUGGGCAUGUGUCUUCUGUAUCCUGAUUAAUUACCAGACAAGAAAAUGACUGACAUUUGCACACCUUCAAUUCAACAGCAGCAAACGUGAAUUUGAUCCAUUUUUCUUUUGUAAAUGCUGUAAUGAAAUAUAAAAAUACAUUGGAGUUUUAUAUAAAAAGAACAUAUGACCUGCAGUAAGGUCACAUUAGGGGAACACUAUUAUUGUGGAAAUAAAUAUUUUCAUGCUUA